AUGCCAGACCAAGAAUCCCCCUUCACCCCAUCCUUCGACCACCUCGUCACCCAAACCCUCCAACGCCAUCACUGUCCGGGAGCCUCCAUCUCCAUAAUCCACAACAACCACACCUCCUCCAAAGCCUACGGUUACUCCGACAUCAAAUCCCGCACCCCAGUAAAAUCCUCCCAAACCCUCUUCUACGCCGGCUCAACCACAAAAGCCAUGCUCUGCGCCGCCUGGGCAAUCUACAUAAACUCCCCCACCAACACCUCCAAACCCGCAAAAAAUCGAAUUUCUUUCUCCACCCCCCUCGCGUCCCUCAUCCCCGAAGACUUCCUCCUCUCCGACCCCGUCCGUACCGCGCAAGUUACUUUAGAAGAUGUGUUAUCUCAUCGAAGCGGCAUGACGCGUCAUGAACUUUCCUAUGGAUUUCACGGCGUGGACACUCCAAAACUGAUUACGAGAAAUUUGCGAAAUCUGCCGCUCCAUUCCCUCUUUGCGAUUCGGACGAGAUUCGAGUAUUGUAAUACGGGAUAUGUGGCUGCUUCGCACGCUUUGGAAGUCGUGGCGAAGGAAAAUCUCGGGGAUAUUUUACAGGGAUGGAUUUUUGAGCCGUUGGGGAUGAGGGAUACGUUUGCGGGGUUGAGAGAGACCACUGGGACUCGGCGGGAAGACUUGGCGAGGUUGUAUUCUUGGUGUGAGAACGAAGGGGUGCUGAAGGAGGAGGCGUUUAUGGAUCUAUCGGGCGUCACGGGUGCCGGGUAUGUGAUUUCCACGGCGGAGGAUUUUGCGAAGUGGAUGGGGUGUUUGCUGGCGCCUGGGAGAGGAGGAGGAGGGCCUUUGAGUGAGGAGAUUGUGGAGGAGGUUUUUAAGUCUCGGAUUCCGGCGACUUCCAGAGGGGCGGAUUCUGUGCCUUUGGAUGGCGGGUUUGCGAAUUAUGCGUUGGGGUGGUUUGUUGGGGUUUAUAAAGGACGAAGGGUGUAUUAUCAUGCUGGAGGGGUUGUGGGGGGUGGAAGUCGGGUGAUGCUCUGUCCGGAGAUUUCUUGGGGAGCGACGUUUUUGAGUAAUGGGGAUAUUUCGGGGUUCUUGCUCAAAGGGCUUUUGUUUGAGCUUUUGGACGCGGCGUUGGGAGAGGGAGAGGGAGAGAGGAGGGGAUUUGAGCAGUGUGAAGCGGCGGUGCCGAGAUUGUUUGAAGAGUUUUCGCUGCAGUGCGAGAACGCUUUUAAGAGGGUGCUUCCGAAUUUGCCGGAGAGGCCGACGGUGUCGCUCGCGCUGCCUUUGGACCAGUAUGCUGGCACCUUUAGAAAUGUUGGAUAUGGGAGCUUGGAGAUCAGGGUUGGGUUGGAUCCUAGUAGUGGUGAAGAAACGUUGCUGUGCGACAUCGAAGACAGAACAUGGAGAGCCAAAUGGACGUUUCGAAGGAUCAAUGGCGAGCACUGGCGCAUUGAUUCAGAUCAAAGUCGCUGGCCUGAUACAAGGAGAGCGGAGAGCAGGGUCGAAUACGAUGGUAGGAUCUCUUGGGGUAUAGCGAUGGAGCCUUCUAUGCUGGAAACAUUGAUCUGGUUUCACUAA